CUUUGUACAAUUUUUUUUUUUUUGUUUUUAUAGCAUAUUUAAACAUGCAUCGACGAUUCUUAUCCAGUAGUGCAAGCGCAUCAAAUUAUUACAAAAUCACCUUGAAGCGAUCCACCAUUGGUCUUUCCAAAGAUUAUAAGGCUGCUGCUCAUACGUUGGGAUUAUAUCGUCUUCAUCAAACCAGCUAUCAACCUGUCAAUGCCAGUACUGCUGGUAGCAUCCUCAAGUUGAAAGAACUUGUCAAGGUUGAAAACGUCGAUACGAUUCCUACAAGAGAAGAUAUCUUGGCCUCCAAACCAGCUCGCGGCUACAAAGUCAUUGGAAGCAAGAUCUAGAUGGAAGAUUAUUCUGACACUUGAUACACGCACCUACAUCAGCACGUAACAUCUUAACUCUACACAUACACAUACAAAUACACAAACAGCUAUCCUUUUUACAUGUACAUUUACCCUCUUUUCACGAAUAUUGUUCAUAUCCUUCUCUUGUCAUUAGUAUAUGUGUUUUACUUUUAUUAGACUUGACACAUUCAAUUUUUUUUUUUUAAUAUCAUUGUAAUAUCAAGUCCACCUUCUUUUUGUACAAAAUCAGCUUUAUCAAUAAAAGGUUCUCUUUUUUGUUUUGAUCUAA